GACGUGGUGUAGUGGUAUGGUGAUGCGUUGGCAGUUGGACUAGAUCAGGCAUGUCCAACCUGUGGGUCACAACGGUACAUGCAGCUGUGCUUUCUGGUUUGAUAAAGGAGUUUGAGAAUACGUUUCAAGAUUGCCGAAAAAAAUCAUCCAUUUAUGUUUGUGACACCAUUUUCAGUUGAUAAAAAUACAUUGCCUGCAAAUGUUCAAACGGAAUGCGUGGAGUUGCUGUCAGAUAUCCAACUCAAAAAUCUGCUCGUGUCUCUCUUCUAGAGUUUCAUAAUCCCUAUCUUAGCAGAGAGAAGGACACCUCGCUUCACAACCACACCUUAUUCACGUCAUGGCUUUUUGUCAGUACACACAUAUGUGAACAAUUAUCAAGGAUGAAGCACAUGAAGAGUAAAAUUUCAUUAAAAAUCUCUGAUGAACACCUGAGAGCUCACUGAGAAUUGCAACCACUGCCAUCGAACCAGCCUGGUGUGUUAGUUUCACAAAAACAAGGGCAAAUAUCCCACUCCUUAUAUGCUUUUGUUCCUCUUUUUUUAAAAAGUAUUGUUCUUAAAAUGUUAAAUUUAAAAUUUUUGUAACUUACAUAUUAACAAAAUUGUCUAUUUUAUGCGGGCUGCUCCGAAAGUAGUGCCUCCUAUUUUAUUACAUGGGCCCACGAUGUCGGAGGUGGAUGCUGGAGGUACAGCAGCAGAGGUCGAACCUUCCCACCAAUAUUCCAUUACACAUUGUUGCUGUGUGACAGAUGGCAGCAGAGGGGCAGUCUGACACAGUGGCGUCUGAUGUGGAAGUGCAUACGAAGCAAAGGGGUGGCAUUGAAUUCCUGGAAACAGUGGCACCCAUUGACGUUCACUGAUGCUUGCUCAACGUUGAUGGUGUGUUUCAGCAGUGGCAACAGUGACAGUGGGUCACCUCUACUGGUUCUGAUUUGUAUGAAUGCAACAUGCAGGCUCUUGAUCAUCACUGGUGAAAAUGCACAGCCAGUGCUGGUGACUGUGUGGAAAAGUAGAGUUUUGUAGCUGAGAAUGUGCUCUAUCUAGUAGUAAUAUUGUGCUCUUUGUAGCUGUUGUAGUUUCCAGGGAAAUAAACAGGAGGCAUUACUUUCGGAGCAACUUACGCAUAUGUGGCCCAAGACGAUUCCUCUUCACUCCACGUGGCCCAGGCAAGUUGGAAGGUUGGACACCCAUGGAUUAGGUGAUCUUAGUGGUCUUUCCAACCUUAAUGAUUCUGUGAUUUUACAGGGCUCCUUUGAUUCCAAGAUUAUUUGAAAGGUUGUUCGUGGAAGAUUCUCAGGAACGUUUGCUUUUCAUGCUGUUUGCAUGUGAAUGAUUGUGGCACAGUUUUACAUCUUUAGCAAUGUGUGAAUUAGGUAUUUUAGGGAAACAACAGGAUCAGCUCAUUAUUUAACACCUGUCAUUUUAAUGGAAUGCAAGCCCAAUGCUACCAUUGACCACUGCAUGUGGUCGUGUUCAAGGCUGCUGGUUAGCAAAAGUGUCCAUCAUCUAGAAGCUGCAAUUUUGAAAUAGCAAUAUCGUCUCGAAUUUAAGAUCACUUGAACUGAAAUCCAAAUCACAUUGAAAGACAAAGUGUAAGGGCCGAGGUUUUACUCUCAAUGUUUACAGCAUGGCAUUUAUGGUAGAACACGGGCUGAGCUUUUUGCUGUUCAAGGCAGAAAGUUGGAGGAGAUGCUGGCACAAGCUGGGGAUCUCAAUAGGAUGUCAGUUGCAUUUGAUGUCUGUCAAAGCAGAAGAUGGCUGUUAUCCUGGACAGUCUUACUGUGGGAAACUCAUCUUUGCCUGCUUACUCUGCUUUUUGAGACUCAAUUUUAAGAUUGUGUACAUUGUAGCGCGUAUAACAAGGAUAUGCCUUAUUUAGGGUUUAGUAUUGUGAGUACGUCUUUGAGAUAUUAUCACAGUUGAUCACAGAAUUGUUUGGGUUGGAAGGGGCCUUAAAGAUCACCUCUUUCCAACCCUGUGCUGUGGGCAGGGUUGCAGCUUCAUACGUAGAGUGCCAUCAUUCACAGUGUACUGAUGAAGAAGCAAUCUUUAUUUUGUUAGCGUGAUUAAAACAUCCUUCAGUGAAAUGAUAUUUUAAUUCUUCAGACCAUGACUGCAGGCUUUAGUUUCAAAUGAACAUAUAGCCCUGCUUUCCCUUCUUUAACUAAGUGCUUUCAUGCUCUCAUGUUCAUUAGCUCUUGUCCUUUAAGAGUGUUGGAAGUAUCUGAUUGUCUUGAACAUAUACGCAUCCAUUUUUGCUUUCUCUUUUUAAACUUGAGUUGCAUUGACCCCAGUUGAUAUGUGGCAGUCUGAGACCCUUGACCUGCAGAUAGCCAUACAUCUUGCCUCGAAAUGCAUGGGGUAUCUUUUAACCUUACUAUAAGUCUGCAGGAGGCAGCAGCAGCAUCCUAACGCUGAGCAGUCUUCUUGGAAUCUAUCCAUAUAACAUAGCUACGCAGAAAACUUUACUUCGGCUAUGGUUAUAGCCUAUCUUGGGUAGUUUCUUUAAUUUUGUAUUUAUGAUUGAUUUGCCACUUAAGCAGAAUCAACUUUGGACACCUGCCUUGCUACUGGUGAGAUCAAUGAAUUGCUCACACAGCUCUGUGCUGCAGCAGGGCUGUUAUUGCAGGGGGAAAAGUACUGAUAAGAAAAGAUAAAGAUCUCUCCAUCUUUCUGUAUCUUGCCAUUCCCCCAAUAGGGAAUAAGAAUCAGAAGCUGUUAUUAUUGGUGAGAUUUAAGUUAUAGUUGAUGGUUAGCUGUGUUAAGGUGACGUAGAUGCAGCUUUUUUUCUUUUUUGAAAAGCUCUCAUCUCAUUAUUGAGAGUGGCAUGCAGUGUGCCCAUGCACAGGGGCUGUUCUUUAAAACCUGGCAAGGGAAACAGCCAAUUCAUGUUCAAAACGUAUUUAAAUAUUAAACCUCUUGUUUUCUUUUACCUCAGCACCAUGUUCCUUUGUGGGCACAUGUGAAAACUGCAUUAGAUAAGAGAUUUUUUGCUGGUUUAUCUGCCUUGGUCAGAAGCACAGGCAUGCUGUAGAUGGAGUAAAACUGCCAGAAGUACUGGAGGAGGGAGCUGGCUGGUUUUUAGUAGAUGAGCUUGUUCUACAUGGAUUUUGAAUCAUGGUACCAACGCAAAGCAUAAUUUUCUGUUUGUGGUAGGAUCAAAUGCUAGAGUGAUGCUCAUGCUUUUAGAAGGCAACCGUUAUGGGUGCACACAGGAACAACUGAACUUGUCUGAUACUUGUCUGUUUAGAGACUUCUCUGUUUAGAGGCAUUCUUCCAUGGCAGCAGGCAUGGCCUGGAGUGACAUUAGAGUGAUGGCUGUUGAUCGAUGGCAAUUCCACUUGGCAUUGCUCAGCACCGUCAGUAUGUUUCCUGUUCUUCAUGUCUUCCCUCCUUGAGCUCCUGUGUGCAAGACCUGCCAGGAUGGUUCCAGUGAAAUUUAGAGGAGACUUGGGGUACUGCUUCAUCCAGGAGAGGCAAGAUCCUAAUUAUCUCAUGGCUAAUGAACGCAUGAACCUGAUGAACAUGGCAAAACUGAGUAUCAAAGGGUUGAUCGAAUCAGCGCUUAAUCUGGGCAGGACACUGGACUCUGACUAUGCACCUCUUCAGCAGUUCUUCGUUGUGAUGGAGCAUUGCCUUAAACAUGGCUUGAAAGCCAAAAAGACUUUUCUUGGGCAAAAUAAGUCAUUUUGGGGACCUUUAGAACUAGUAGAAAAACUUGUUCCUGAAGCUGCAGAGAUUACGGCAAGCGUUAAGGAUCUCCCAGGCCUGAAGACACCUGUGGGUAGAGGAAGAGCUUGGCUUCGCCUUGCUCUAAUGCAGAAGAAACUUUCAGAGUACAUGAAAGCCUUGAUUAACAGAAAGGAUCUUCUCAGUGAAUUUUACGAGCCUAAUGCACUGAUGAUGGAAGAAGAAGGUGCGAUCAUUGCUGGCCUCCUCGUUGGUUUGAAUGUCAUUGAUGCAAACUUCUGCAUGAAAGGAGAAGACCUGGAUUCACAGGUUGGAGUUAUUGAUUUCUCAAUGUAUUUGAAAGAUGGAAACAGCACAAAAGGCAGUGAAGGAGAUGGUCAGAUAACUGCUAUUUUGGACCAGAAGAACUACGUAGAAGAACUGAAUAGGCACUUAAGCGCUACAGUAAACAACCUGCAGGCCAAAGUGGACGCCUUAGAAAAGUCCAACACUAAACUGACCGAGGAGCUUGCUGUUGCAAACAACAGGAUCAUUACAUUGCAAGAAGAGAUGGAACGAGUUAAAGAAGAAAGUUCUUACAUCUUGGAGUCCAAUCGUAAGGUCACUAAAGACAGAACUGCAGAUGGACAGGCACUGACUGAGGCACGAAAACAGUUAAAGGAGGAGACUCAGCUGCGGCUGGAUGUGGAAAAGGAACUGGAGGCUCAGAUUGGGAUGAGACAGGAGAUGGAGUUAGCUAUGAAGAUGCUGGAGAAAGAUGUCUGUGAGAAGCAAGAUGCACUGGUGGCACUCAGACAGCAACUGGAUGAUCUCAGGGCCCUAAAGCAUGAACUGUCUUUCAAGCUGCAGAGUUCAGACAUGGGAGUGAAACAGAAGAGUGAAUUGAACAGCCGUUUGGAAGAGAAAACAAAUCAGAUGGCUGCUACCAUCAAACAGCUUGAACAAAGAUUGCGGCAGGCGGAGAAAGACCGUCAGUUGGCACAGCAGGACAACCGGCUCUUCAAGCAGGAGUUUGGGGACAAAAUCAACAGCCUCCAGCUAGAAGUGGAAGAGCUCUCCAGGCAGCGGAGCCACCUCGAACUCGAACUGAAGCGGGAAAGAGAGAGAUGGUCACACAGUCACCAAAGCAGCCAAGGAAACAAGAAAGGCCCGAAGAAUUGGUUAAAACCGGACGGGAAGCUCAGAAUCCAAGACGAAAACGCCAAACUGAAACAGGCCCCAAGAGAGGAAAACAGUGUCCUGCCACACAAGUAUGGAAGAAAGUUACAGAGUAGCACCCAGGAGGAGCAGGAACAGCCAUCAGGACCUGGAAAUGCUCAGAUCUGCCAGCUCUGCCAGGAAGAAAGCAGCCGAAGCAAGAAAAAGAACAUCUGCAAGAACUGUGGUGGUAUCUUCUGUGAAGCCUGUUCAGCAAAUGAGCUGCCCCUCCCGUCCAGUAUUAACCCAGAGCGCGUCUGCAAUCCCUGUCACAAGCAACUCAUCCAGCAGUAUUCCACCAGUCCCUUGUAGGAGGCAGGCUGCAGAGUGUGGUGAGACCACAAAAAUUGUUGUAGCAGGUGAUCGUCUCCGGAGUCGUUCAAGGGGAAUUUGAAGACACUUACCUGUGUUCUUUGGAGGGGGAGGAAGCAGCUUUAUGGUGUUUUAGUCAAAAGAGACUGUAAACAGAACAGCCUAAGCCUUCCCUGUACAAAAAUCUGCCAGCUCUCUGACCUGGGCAUGUGCUGAGGAUGCUGAGAACUGCUUGAGGAAUGUCACACCAAGUGGCCAUAAGGCCUGAUCAGGCAGCCUCAGGAUGCUGCAAGAACAGAGCCCACACCUGAGAAAGAGCCAUGUGUCUGUGUGGAAGUCAGGAGCGUGUCAAGUGAGGGCAUGCUGCUGCUAAGCAAUGGCUCACUAAAAGCAAAAUGGGAGCAUUUUCUAAUCCUCACGUCUGGCUGCACUUGAAAUACCAUUUCCCCUUUCCCUGCUGUCUUUGACAAUCUGGCUCAACUGUGCUCCUUCAGCGCCAGGAGUCCAGGUAACACCACCACCACCAACAAAAAAAAGCAUUUUCUGACACUGUUUCUUUGACCCAGUCCUCCAGCAGUAGGCUUGCUAUGCAAAUCGUUAUCAAACAAAGCUGUGAAAUGAUCCUAUAUUUUUAGGGGCUUUGGAGGGGGCUAAGAUUUUCUUUUUUGGUGUGUGUGACAUUGGAGAACUGACCGGCACUGAUCUGGAACAGAGAUGUUUAAAAGCAUCUCUGACCUUCCUACUGGAGACCCUCACUGUGACUUUGAGACCACAAAACGGUGGUCAGUCCAAAGAGCUGCGCCAACCUCCUGUCUUCAUGUUCUGGGGGAAUAGCAGUCCCAAGGGUUUAGUUACAAAUCACCAUUACACAGAGGGUUUAAGGCCUCGUCUUCGCACCUCUCUCCUUUGUGACCAUAAAGAAGUGAUUGUAAUACAGCUGUUAUUUCACUGGUUUUGCGUUAGAUCAAAAUGAAAGCAAGAUGAACUCAACAGUGCUUUUCACCUUUAAGAUAUCUUGAUGCAAAACAGUUUAAAAGGUUUUCAUAGUUUGUGCUACAUCUAUCUUUGUUGCUGUGACUUGAAGGACACGUUACUCCAAAAAGCAGUGGUGACUUCCUCAUAAAGCACACGCAUCAUGUCAGUUUAUUUUUACUGGAAGCCUACUUCAGUCUUUAGGGCCACAGAAUGUUUUGUAAACUAUAGAAAAUUGAUGUAUUUAUAUGUGACAAAGGCAUUUGGCUUUAUACAAAUUAUAUUAGGGGACGGUAGUUUAAUUCCUGAGAGGAAUUCAUUAGACUGGCUGGAACUGCACUAAAAAGCAUAUCAGAGUUGAGGUUUUUCACAUGGUUGGUGCUAGUUAGUUUGUCCCAGACAUUUUUCUCUUUCCUAGUUCCUUGUAGGCCUCAGUGUAUUCAGCUGUCCAAGCAGUCCACCUCCUCUCAGUGCCCUUCAGAGACAAAGCACUGAACGAAGGGGAGCAAGCUUCGGUUUUCCUUUUUCUGCCCUCUGUGGUAGUUACCUUGCUGCUAUUCUUUAAAGUAGGCAAGAAAUUGUGAGUAGUGUUGAAAUUUGAGAAGCCUAGUAUUCAAGUGUGAGCAAACUCUGCUUUCCCAGGGUGAGCUGCCAUAGCUAAGGCACAAGAUACCAAAUUUGUUAAUUUUUUGUACGCGUUGGUACACAGAGAGCUAAGAGAUUGCAAAUUCCUGCAUCCAAAUCCAGAGUGACUCAUUCUGCAGGACACAGUCUCACCCAGGCAAUUUCAGUGCUGGAGGAUUAAACUGGAAACCAGGCACUUACUGUGAAGUAACUUUUAAUGCUGGUACAUCCGAGCAAUUUCACAGCUCUGAAGUGACAGUUUAUCUGUGACCUCUACAUAGCUUUCCACUGUCCAGCAGGAGUGGCUGCUGCAAUUCUUGCUUGAAGUGAAGGCUGAGAUGAUCUUUCUUUAUGUAGUAAACAGGACAGUUCUUGAGCAGGUCCUUUACAGUUAUAGUAUGCGAACAGCCCUUUACAGAGGCAGCUGAAAAUCCUUCAAAAUAGGGCUCUGGUUGCUGUAAUUAAAACUGGCAUUUGGAAAGGUGUAAGGAGAUGAUGUCAGCUGUCUGUGUUCACACACAACUCCUUCCUGAUUUCUUUGACUCAGUGAAGGGCUCUGCUUUUAAGUACUGGUUAUGCUUUAUGAUGCUGCAAAUGUUCAAGGCACAUUUGCACAUGUACUGGUGGUAAUGCUGGAUUUUUGGGUUUACACCUGGACAUUUGGACUGGGAGGAGCAGAAAGCAGUUUUUCUGAUAUUAAUUUUGUUCUACAUGCAAUAAUAAAGAUGUUCUCCUCUGGA